UUUUUUUUAGUUGGUAGAACUCAUUAUAUAUGUUUGAUAAGGGUGUAGGGUUAAAUAUCUACAUAAAGAUUACAAAACCAGAAAAUGGCAGAUCAUUUCUUUGCUGUGUGUGCUGGGGACUGUGUUCGGUUCCAUCCACGCGGUGUGUGUGGCUGUGAGGUGCUCAGCACGGGGAGCUCGGGGCUGAUCGUCCUUUCGCUGUGCCUCAAAGCACUGAAUCACAGCUCUGAAUGUCUUUGGCUCCGGGUCUGGAUGGGAAACCCAGAGCUUGGUUUGCUCAUCUUGAAGCAUGGAGCCCCAUCGCAUCCCUUGAGCCCCACGUUGAGGUCUGACUAUGGCUGCAGUGCUCACCCAACCCACCUUUCCCCCUGGAUACAACAAUGUGAAUGACUUUGCUGCUGCUUUUGUUUCAAGCAAUGAUUUCCACAUCCAACAUACGAGAUUGACUGCUGCUGGCAUCCCCAUGGCUCUGAGGCUGGGAGGAACACAAGGACUCGUGAGGAGGGAAACCAUCCUGUAAAGAAAAGCCAAAAGAAAUGAGGUAUUUUAACAGUGGAAGCUGCGUGGUUCUUUGGUUUCUCACUUCACUCUGUGCUGUUGCUUUAAAAUUGCAUUUAAGGACGGCACCACUGCACAGUAAAACCCACGCAGUGAUUUGGAGACAUGAAGGCAUUUUGGGGGUGUUGUUGGUUUUUUGUUUUUUUUCCUUUCUCCCCAUGUCUGUGAUUUCAAUCCCCAGCGAUACUUUUUGUAUUUCACCUGAUGAGGAAAACAAAAGAAAAAUAAAACACCUAUUUUUUACAUAAAGUAAUGAUAAAUAAAGCGUGUCUCGUGGUUCCCAAAACGGAGCCAGAGGGGAAUGCAGACACAUGGAUGGACACACGGGUGGAUGGAUGGACACACGGAUGGACACACAGGCGCCGGGCAGCUCUCAGUUCUCACCACCGCCUGCUGGAUGAUGUGCAUUACGGGGGGUUUUCGUGUUUGCUUUUGUGUGCUUUUAACCCUGCAGAACAACCAGGUGUGCUCUGAGCUGCAGGAGGGCGAGCUGCUGUUGUUCCCAAAGCACUGUAAAUAGGGCUGUUUGCUUUUCCCUGUUCAGCAGAGCCGGGUUUGUCACGGCGACGCUCGCAUGGUCGGUGCAAGAGGGCAACAAGCGUUGGAGGAAGCGGCGGUGGAACUGCAGGGCGUUCUGAAAUGUGUAUUCCUCCAUUAAUAAAACACCCGUUGGAUUGGUGUCAUCCUCUCUGUAACCCUCCUUCUGCUACGGCUGCACCCCUGGGGCCUGGCAGCUGCUGCUUUCCUUCUCCUCCUCCUCCUCCUCCCAGAGCAGCCCCAUCGAUCUCCAUCCCCACCAGCGCUGCUCUCCCACCCAGAAAGGAGCAAUGCUUUCACCCCGUUCAGCAUCUCAGGUUUUUGUUUACAUCUGAUUCCAGUUUUUCCCUCUUUGUGCUGUUCUGGCUCCUUUUCCUUCAGCUGAAUGAUGCUUCAGCACUCUGGCAUCGCCAUCUGAGGGCUGCAGGUGGAGCACGGCCGCUCCAAAGGACCAAAUGGCACCGAGAUGUGGCUCUGAACCCCGACGUGGACAUCGCUGCUGCCCCAGGGUCAGCCUGGGGGAUGGCAAAACCCAAUGUUUACAGGGAAAGAGAAGACCCCAUCCCUACAAUGGGCGUAUUGAUGGCUCCCGGUGCUGCUGGUGGGGUUGUGAAGUGGAGUUUGGGGGGCAGAAGAGCAAAAUGGGGCCUGCAGGGUUUUGGGAUGUCUGUAUGGGGCAGCGGCCAAAGGAGAACAAAAUGGCGGCGUUGAGGCCCACAGCAUUGGGGUGGUUUUUGUAGGCGGCCGUUUGUAGGACCGCAGAACGGCAGAGCUUCAACCUUUGGGGUGUUUUGUGGGGGCUGGGUGACCGCAGGAGCGUAAAAUGACGGCAUUGAGGAGAUUUGGGGCGUUUUGCAUCACGUUGGGAACCGCACAAAAUGGCGGCACGUGGGGGUCCGCAGCGCCAGGGGGGUCCAACUGCAGGAGGACAAAAUGGCAGCAUUGCGGUUGUUUUGGUGGACGUAGGACCACAGAACGGCAGCGUUUUGUUGGGGGGGCGGCUGUAGGAACGCCCCACGGCUGCAUUUUGGGGCCAUUCGGGCCAUCGACGCGGGACAGCAGCCCUGAGGAGCACAAAAUGGCGACGUCGGGGUCUGAAGCGUUCGGAGCGGGACGUUGCGUGGGACGUGAUGUAUGGGGCACAAAGUGACGGCGUCGAGGGGGAUUCGGGACAUUUUGGGGUGACGUUCAGAGCGGCUGUGGGCACACAAGAUGGCGGCACAUGGGGGUCCGCGGGAGGGGAGGGGGGGAGGACAAGAGGACAAAAUGGCGGCGCUUUGGGGACCAAAAGCGGGGGGAGCCCAGCAGCAUCCCGAAAGCUUUUGGGGGCGAUUUGAGGUCGGAGGGACGGAUCUCGUCACCCCGAGGCCGCGAUCGCGGAGCUCCGCCCCGGGGGAGGACCGCAGCGUCCCCCCGCUGCCGGAAGGGGCGGUUCCGACCCCGCGAUGCGGCGGCUGCUGCUGCUGGGGGGGUCGCAGCGGCGGUACCGGCCCCAUUUCGCCGAACGGCUGCGGCUCUUCGAGCGGUUGAAAGCGGACCGCGAGCAGCGUGAAAGCGGCCAUGGAAGCGGACCCGCAGAAGGGACCCCGAUCCGCAUCUCGCUGCCCGGAGGUCGCUUCCUUCCCGGCCGGGCGCUGCGCAGCACCCCGCUCCACGUGGCCGAGCAGUUGGGGCGCCGCUCGGCGGUGGUGGCCCGGGUGAACGGGGAGCUGCGGGACCUCAAGCGGCCCCUUGAGAGCGACGCGGAGUUGGAGCUGCUCGAUUUCACCGCGCCGGAGGGCCGCGCUGCUUUCUGGCAGUCCAGCGCCUUCGUCCUGGGAGCAGCAGUGGAGCAGUUCUAUGGAGCCACGAUCUGCAGUACGGUCGCCACUGAGGAUGGCUUCUUCUGCGACGCCCACAUGGGUGACAGGACGGUGCAGCGCAGUGAGCUGCCAGUGCUGGAGGAUGCCUGCAUGGCCUUUGCCCGUUCCCAGCACCGCUUUGAACGCCUUGAGGCCACCCGUGAGGAGCUGCUGGAGCUCUUCAAGCACAACAGCUUCCAGCUGCAGCGAAUUGAGGAGGAGGUGACGUCCCCAAUGACCACUGUGUAUAGGUGUGGCCCACUGCUUCAGCUGUGCCACGGUCCCCUCCUCCCACACACAGGGCUGAUCGGGGCACUGCGCAUCCUGACAAGCUCGGCUGCAUUCUGGCAGGGUCCCUCAGGCCGCCUCUCAUUGCAACGCAUCGCUGCCAUCGCCUUUCCCAGCACGCAGGAGCUGGAAGCCUGGCAGCAGGCACAGGAUGCAGCUGCACUACGUGACCAUCGGCGCAUUGGGAAGGAACAGGAACUCUUCUUCUUCCACGCACUCAGCCCUGGGAGCUGCUUCUUCCUGCCCCGUGGAGCCCACAUCUAUAACACCCUCAUUGACUUCAUCAGGAGCGAGUACCAGGCGAGGGGCUUCAGUGAGGUGGUGACCCCCAACAUCUUCAGCCCACGUCUCUGGGAGCUCUCGGGGCAUUGGCAGCACUACAGCGCCCAUAUGUUCUCCUUCACCACCGGCACCGAGACGCUCUCACUCAAACCCAUGAACUGCCCGGCCCACUGCCUCAUGUUCGCCCACCGGCCGCGAUCGUGGCGGGAGCUGCCCUUACGCCUGGCUGACUUUGGGGUGCUGCAUCGCAACGAGCCCCCCGGCUCCCUGACCGGGCUGACACGUGUGAGGCGCUUCCAGCAGGACGAUGCACACAUCUUCUGUGCACUGGAGCAGCUGGAGGCAGAGAUCGGUGCCUGCCUGGACUUUGUGCGCUCCGUUUACGCCACGCUGGGCUUCUCCUUCCAAAUGGCUCUGGCCACGCGCCCCGAUGGCUUCCUGGGGGAUGCUGCAACUUGGGACCGUGCUGAGCAGCAAUUGGAGAAGAGCCUCCAAGAUUUUGGAGAGCCCUGGGAGCUGAGUCAGGGUGACGGCGCUUUUUACGGCCCCAAGAUUGAUAUCCGGAUCCAGGAUGCAUUGGGGAGGCAUCACCAGUGUGGCACCAUUCAGCUGGAUUUCCAGAUGCCCGAGAGGUUUGGGCUAGAGUAUGCCAGUGCAGCUGGAGGAACGGCGCGGCCGGUGCUGAUCCACCGCGCAGUGCUGGGCUCCGUUGAGCGCAUGGUGGCUGUGAUGGCUGAGAGCUGCGGUGGCAAAUGGCCGCUCUGGCUCUCCCCACUGCAGGCAAUGGUGAUCCCGCAGGCACCUGAUACUGAGGGCUAUGCCCGUGAAGUCCAUGCCAUGCUGCGGCGGGACGGCGUGAUGGCUGACCUGGAUGCUGAUGCAGGUGCCACACUGGGCAGGAAGAUCCGCCGGGCACAGCUCACCCACUACAACUUCCAGCUGGUGGUCGGCCGCAGGGAACAGGAACAUGGCACUGUCAGCAUCCGCACGCGGGACAACCGGCAGCUGGGGGAGCACAGCCUGGGCCAGGUGCUGCAGCGGCUGCGGGAACUGCGGGACGCCCGCGUCCCCAACGCUGAGGAACUCUUCUGACCCCCCCCCCUCAUACACACACCCUGUAUCCCCUCUGUUUCCCACCUCUCCAACCACGCACUCAUUAAAGUGCUGGGAAACGGU